GACAAGCGAGGGGAUGGCAGCUGUCCAAAAGAAACAGUGAAACAUGGGAACCUCGAGUUAAUACUUUGUUGUGCAUUGUUUUGGAUGGUACUUCUGGGAGGACGCUGUAGUCUCGCUGCAUGUAGUGCUUUCAAAAAUCGGUCAUCUCCGCCACACGCGCUGCCCAUCGAUCUGCAAAUGAGACACACAUGUGUUGUUUUGUUCUGCCUGCAGUUGUUGGUGUGUUUGUAAGACGGAGAUAUCCGGAGGUUUGCAUCCAGCGCAGCGGUCUGUAAACAGAAGGAGGUAAACGCAGGCGCCUGUGAUCAGCGCUCAGGCAGGGAUGUCAACGGCACGGGUGGACUAUAUUGCACCGUGGUGGACGUACUGGCUGCACAACUUCCCGCACGUCAAUCUGCGUUUCCAGUCCAUUGACAGCACCUUCCGACCGCAGGAUGAGAACUACCAGCAGUCUCUCAUCUUCCUGUGCUGCAUGGCGGCCGCCGGCCUGGGCGUCACCCUCCUCUGCCUGGCCGCCUACCUGAGCUUCCUGUGCUGCUGCCGCAAGGAGGGCGAGGGCGAGGACAGCAAGAGGCCCGACACCUGCUGCGUCACCUGGGCCGCCGUCAUCGCCGGGCUCGUCAUCUGCUCUGCUGUGGGUGUGGGUUUCUACGGAAACAGCGAGACCAACGACGGGGUGUACCAGCUGACCUACUCCCUCUACAACGCCAAUCACACACUUCACGGCGUUGAUACCCUGGUGAGUGGCACCGUGGGCAGCAUGCAGCGGGACCUGAAGCAGCACCUGGAGCGUCUGGAUGAGAUCUUUGCCACCCGCCCAGACUACAUCCAGACCCUGCGGUUUGUGCAGGUGAUGGCCAACAACAUCGUCCAGCAGCUGAACGGCCUGCCGCUCAUGAGCCGAGCCAACGUCAACCUGGCCUCCAUCGCCGACCAGAUCGGAUCUGCCGAGCACUACAGGUGGCUCACCUACUUACUGCUGCUGAUUCUGGACCUGGUCAUCUGCCUGGUGGCUUGCCUGGGGCUGGCCAAGCAGUCUCGCUGGCUACUGACCACGAUCAUGAUUUUCGGGGUGCUGACGCUGAUUCUGAGCUGGGUGUCACUUGGAGCAGGCACUACCGUGGCUGUGGGUACGAGUGACUUCUGCGUGUCCCCAGACAAGUUUAUCAUGAACCAGACAAAGGGCCGUGUUCCUGCAGAUGUUGUUCACUAUUACCUGUACUGUGGCCAGAGUCUACCAAACCCCUUCCAGCAGGCAAUGACCAUCUACCAGAGGUCCCUGACCACCAUGCAGAUCCAGAUCCAGGGACUGCUGCAGUAUGCUGUGCCUGUCUUUCCCACUGCACAGAGGGAUUUACUUGGGAUCCAGCAUCUCUUGAAUGGAUCAGAAACCAACCUGCAUCAGCUGACCGCCCUGCUGGACUGCCGGGGCCUGCACAAGGACUACCUGGACGCUCUGAUCGGUGUGUGUUAUGACGGGGUGGAGGGCCUGCUGUAUAUUUGCCUCUUUUCCCUGCUGGCUGCCAGCGCCUUCUGCACCAUGCUUUGCACCAUCCCACGCGCCUGGAAGCACAUCACCAGCAGGGACCGGGACUAUGAUGACAUCGACGAGGAGGACCCCUUCAACCCGCAGGCGCGGCGCAUGGCGGCGUAUAACCCCGCCCGCGCAACCGUGCACAGCUUCUGCAGCUUCAGCAGCAGCAUGGGAAGCCAGAGCAGCCUGGGCCCGCCCGCCCCGCCCCCGCCAGCCAGCUCCGCCCCCGCCUCCGAGUACAUGAACCAGUCGGUGUUGUUUGGGGGGAACCCUCGAUAUGAGAACGUGCCGCUGAUCGGAAGAGGCUCGCCUCCACCCUCGUACUCCCCCAGCAUGAGGGCCACCUACAUGUCUGUGACCGAGGGCCAGAACAGACACUUUGGCACCGACUUCCAGAUGUAGAGCCCCGCCCACACCUCUCCACCCCCGGGGGGAGGGGCCGGCGUACCGUUGUCAUGGAGACACCCAAUCGCCCCUGUCUCCUGAGAGACGGCUUCAAAGCGGGAGCCGUGUGGAUUUCCUCACUGCACUGGAGCUUUUGGGCUUCCCGCACAGGGGGAACGCCUCUCGCAACGUCCAGAUUCAUGCGUAUAUAAACCUCUUACCUCCCAGGCUCCGGGUUCGAGUUCCGGGUGGGCCUCGGUACCCGUGAGCAACAUAGUCAGCCUGGAUUAGUUAGUGAAUGCCCAGCUCUAUAAACAGAUAAUAUGUGAGAUGUAAACUAUUUGAAUUGUUAUGGAUAAGGCAUCUACUAAGGAAAUAAUUUUGUUUUUUCAAAUUUAAAA